GGAUAGGGAUGCCCAUAGCCCCCCAGCAUCUCCUUCUAUCCAAACGCAUCCUCGGAUUUGGUUUAACGAGCAUCUUCUCAGAGAGCAGUGCAGGUGCAGCACACGAGAUUGAGAAAAAUCAACACCCACGCCGUCCGAAUCGAUGAGCAGCGGCGGCGGCGACGACGAUGCGGGGGCUGGGGACGGCGGGCGGGCCGAGUGGCAGCGCAUCUACGACCGGGUCGAGGCGCUCGCCGCCGGUCGCGCGCGGCUGGAGGCGCGCAACAGGACCCAGCAUGAGUUCUGGGACGCCCGCGACAAGAUCAACCACUCCCGCCUCCACCAGGCGGAGCUGAGCAGAAGCAGGUGGGAGGCGGCCUGCAGGGAGCUGCUCCCUUCCGAUGAUCCCAAGCUCGCCGAACUGCUAGAGAGUGAUUUGGAGGAUUCAAGAACUUGUGAAGCUCUCUUGGACACCGAAAACUUAGAACUGCUGGUACAACUGAAGGAAGAUGGAACUUGUGUAGAGCUUAAUGAAAACACUGCAGAUCAUGAGCACACUUCCGGAGAUUUAAUAUCAGAACUAAGAAAGUUAAAGCGAAUCUAUGAGACCCUUCUAGAGGGUAAGCUAAAUGAAUUGAACUCCUUGGAUAAGGAGAAUGACAACCAGAAGCUCAAAGUUGCGAAAUCUAAGACACUUAAACGCAAGUUUGCCUCCUUAUCAAAUAUACAAUCAAAGGAAGCUGGAAAUUGUGUGGAGACUAUUCAAGAGAAUGCGGAUCAUGGGGCCAUCGCAAGAGAUUUAAGAGCAGAGCUCAGAAAACUGAAGCAAGCUUAUGAGACCCUUAGCUCAAACAAGGAUAAGGAAAUUUCUGCACCACUUGCAGUGGAGGAUUUUCUUUUGAACAAACUGCUGAGAAUUGACAAGGACAACGCAGGGCUCCUUAAGAUAAAGGAAGUGGAGGCAGCACAAGCUAACGAAGCAGCACAAAAGCUUCAGCAGACUGUAGAGGAACUGCAAGUGGCGGUCCGAUAUAAGGAUGAUGAGAUUGGCAGAUUACGAGCAGAAGCGGGGCCCCUUAAGAUAAAGGAAGUGGAGGCAGCACAAGCUAGCAAAGCAGUGCAAAUGCUUCAGCAAAGUGUAGAGGAGCUGCAAGUGGCAGUCGGAAAUAAAGAUGAUGAGAUUGGCAAAUUGGGAGCAGAAGCUGCUAGUGUAGAAAAAAUGGUACUGACUCUUGAGGGUAAGCUACUGGAAAUGCAGUCCUUGGUUAAGGAGAAAAAUGAUGAAAUACAAAAACUGAAAAAUGGGCAACCUGAGAGUCUGAAAUGCAAAUGUGCUUCUUCUAUACCAGUUGUAAGUAUUCCUAUUCCAUUCCAGGAGUUCGUGAGGCAGAUGCCCCUUUUCGACGAGUGGGGGCUGCGCCCGGCCGGCCUUGAAGGGCCCCGCGAGAACCCCGCCCUUGUGGUUCCUUUGCCCGCCGUCCCUGCGGCGCGCCCCCCAGAGGUGGAUGCAGGGGGGCGAGCGCCGCCGAGUGCCGCUGGGGCAGGUGCUGGAGAGAUGAUGCAGCCCGGCGCUUCUGAGACGUCAGCCCCCGAGGCUCGGGUGAGCUGCCCUGAGGGGGUGGCAGGAGAGAUGGCUCAAUCCAAGGCUCCUGAGGUCGCCGCCCCCGAAGCUUGGGUGAGCAGUCCUGAGGUGGAGGCUGGGGAGCUGGCACGGCCUGACGCUCCCGAGGUCGCCACCCCAGGGGCCCCGCCGAACGACCCAGACGCCGACGCUCUCGCCUCUUGCGCCUCGCGCCUUGGCCCGCUCCGCAUAAACUUCGAAGCACUCCGCAAGAUGAAACCGAGUGGUCGUGCCUAUCGGCUGCUGAAGCCGAGGAUGUACAUAGCCAUAGACGAGUAAGUACCUUAUCUUCGCGAUUUCCUGCGUGUUGUGCCCUUUCCUCACAAUGGCUCUUCAGGCCGUGAGGAAUGGGAGCAAGGGAUCCGAAGCCAUGGUUUAGCUUUGUUGGUAUUGGUGUCUGCUUCCCUUCUUCAGUCCAGAGUUUCGGUAACCACAAAUCUUAUGUAUUAUAUCGCCUGGGAGGCUGGGACAUGGUUUCUGCACGUAAGAAGGAACUAAACUUUUGUUGA